AUGGCACACAUGGCAUUAGUUUUGUUGGGUCUCUUCGCACUUCUUUUCGUCGUCUCAGAAGUUGCUGCGACAUCCAAAGGGCAGUCAGUGAAGUCAGAGAGUUACUACGGAGGGGAAGGAUAUGGCCAUGGCCCCGGGGGAGGAUACAUUGGAGGAGGAAACAGGGGCCAUUAUCCCCCACUGGGAGAAUACAACGGAGGGGGAGGUUACAACGGAGGAGGAGAAGCUGUUCAGACGCAGCCCGGCCACUAA